AUGGCAGGCUUUUCCGCCUGCUCAGUCGCCUGCUGCGAAUGCGCCGGGGGUUCUGCCGCAUUUGCCGGUCCAUUAGGCAUUGCAGUCGGCGUCACAGGGUGCGCUGGCGUAUGCAUGGUCGCUUGUGCCACGCUUGUAUGGGUUCCGCCGGCCUGCUUUUCCAACGACACGACCAUUGCCAUGGACGCGCCCGACGGAACAAGGCUGGAAAAACCCAUAUCUGCUGUCCGUAACGGUGAUUCCGUACUCACAAUGGCAGAAGGUCGGCUUGUCCCAACCCGCGUUAUUCGAAAUGUCCAGUCGAGUGGAAGCUUUGACUUUUUUGAGUUCGAGGUUCGGUCUCAUCAUACCAUCACCACAUUGAAGGUUACCUCUCAACAUGGCAUGCUCCUCGUCGACCCUCUGGGGGAGAUGCGUUUCGCUUUGCCCGGCGAUGUCAGAGUCGGAGACGAGAUGCAGUCUAGCGACGGCUCCGCAUGGAAGGUGUCCCGUAUCGGUCAUUUCGUGGGUGUUGACAAGUUCACGCUGGAGGCGACAGAAGGCAGCGUGCUCGCGUCUGAUAUACUGGUAUUCUACUAUAUGCGAGGAAGAAAUUAA